GCGCGAAAGGUCACGUCAAGUCACUUGGGUCGGCAAUGGUGUCGGCGUCGGUCAACUCGGACGCGAUCACUUUACCGAAGGAGCUUCAGUCUGGCGAGGAUACACAGCGUGUGGAGAGCGCUACACUGACGCGAGAGAGUGGUGGCCAUGAAGCAUUUGCCAGAAGUCGCAUGGAAGGCUUUGUGUACGUCGAGACCCCGCCAUACAUGCAUGUUCUUGACGGACAUUGCCGAUUCGAGCUUGAAAACGGAUCGUCGCCGCUGAUGGUCGUGUUGGGUCAUCCCGCGAGCGGCAAGUCGGCGCUGCUCGUGAAUUGGGUACACCAGCGACUGCGGAAGCCCCAGCCGAGUCCCGAAGUAAUCUUUCAGCAUUACUGUGGCUGCUCCUAUGAAAGCGUCAAGCUAUCCGUGUUUCUGUUUCGAUUGAUGGACCACCUGAAGACGGCGUUCUCGCUGCGCGACUUUGAGCUUCCCCAUGAACACGAAGAAGAGAAGCUCAAGUUCUCCUUGGCGCGGUGCUUGGACGCGGCGAACCGCACGACGACGCAGAACGGCAAGCGUAAAAACAUCAUCAUUGUACUGGACGGAGUCGACAAUCUGCGGACGGAAGAUGGCAGCGAGAGCUUGUCUUGGCUACCAAACACAUUGCCUCCUGGCGUGCGGCUUCUGCUGUCGGCCACCAGGCCGCCCAAGACCACACAACUGGCCAGUUCGCGAUGGAUUGAACGAAAAGACUUUACAUACGAUGCCGACGACGACCUGCUCUACGACGCGACGUUGCCUCCGGACUCGUCCGACACGCACUGCGUCAAGGAACUGCGGCGGCGCAAUGCGGGGUUCCUCGUUGUUGAGCCGCUGGACGAGCGCAUGUGCGCCAAGAUCAUUCAUGAACAUUGCGCUCGAAACACCCCGAUGGACGACGACACAGUGCAAGAUAUCCUGGACUGCAAAGGCAGCAGCUGCCCCCUCUAUCUCCGGCUGGUCUUGACCAUGUUCGACCAGGGCCACCACCAUCACCUGUCGGACCACUUUCAAUCGGUCAUCGUGCACGCCAGCGACUUUCCAUCGCUGUACGAGUUGGUGCUGCAGCAAUGGAAGGCCAUUCUACUCACGGACUUGGUCGAAGCUGUGGACCACCUCACACGAAAACCCGCGCCUGCAGCAUCGGAUUCGUCGCCACAACUCGACCGACCCGACAGCCGCAAGCGCAAUAGUCGACGUGAGUCCGAGCACAUGACCCAGAUGGCGUCGCAGUUGAGUCCGGAGGACGACGAAAUGAAUCGGAUCAACGUCCAAAUGGAGCGCCGGGCGCUCUUGGCUCGCCACGCGCUGUCGCUCUUCACCGUGUCUCGAUUCGGGCUGUCCGAGAAAGAUUUCCAUCACCUCCUCGAGGACGCCGCCCCGCGGCCCAUCCGAACGCUUCUUCUGCAGCUCCUCAUGCCCCACCUCAUGGCCAUCCAUCGCAAGGAUAGCGAUUCAGUGCUCUACGACAUCUCGCACAACCAGCUUCGUCUCUUGGUGCGGUAUGGAUUCCUCCACGACGACGGACUUCGCCACGGGUACCACAAAGCGAUCGCGUCGUACUGUGAAAAGAUGCCAACGUGUCAACGGCGCAUCGACGAGCUGCCCGUGCAACUCGAGUGCUGUGGGAUGUGGUCGCAGCUUCAGAGCUGCCUCGUCGAGAUGAAAAUGUUUCAGCUGUGGUGGCACGAGCGCAACCGACAGGACUUUCUCGCGUACUGGAAGACGCUGCGGUCGUAUUUUAGCACCCACGACCCUGUCGACGACUACAUUCGAUCGCUGGACGAGUACAUCGAAGUGGAAGGCCCGUCGACGGAGCAGCUCCUGUCGCUGUUUCUCACGAUUACCGAGUUUUUGCGGUCGUGGCAGCGGAGCGACGUCAAGGUCAAGCCUGAUAUCCACAUGCACCGCCCGGAUCCGCCCCAGCUCAAGGAAUUCAUCAACAGCCAGGGGACGUUUUCCCUGUCGCACUUGACGGACGUCGAGUCGAAGCAGAUCCAAGGAAUUGUCGACUACCUGUGCCCUCAUCCUGACGACGGGUAUUUUGUCCGGCGGUGGCUCUGGACGCAGUUCCCGCUCAUUGCUGUCUCGUUCGAGAACUUGUUUCUCAAGAAGUUUACGUCGGAGGCACUGGCGGCGUGGUCGGGCGUUGGCGAGCUAGACGGCGGCGGCAGUGUCUCGUCAUCGUCUUCGCCGCCGGACAAGAAGGACAAGAGCUGCAGCACAACUCCCGCCGCGACGUCGUCGUCUCCACAUGCAGCCACGAGCACCACCAGUGGCAGCUCGUACAAAUUCAACCACUCGAUUCUCCCCAAGUCGGUCGGCGCGGUCGUGGGCGAUCGAAAGCGCGUCAUCGCGCGCCACUCGCCCAAGAAGAACUCGCAGCACGUGUUGGAGUUACUCAACCCAGAGGUGUCGGGGGCGUUUGAAUUUGGAGAUGCGGCGGGUGACAUUUCGUUGUCGAUUCCGGCGCUGCGGGACCAAUUGAGAGACCUCCGUGCCCGCUACGACAAGCUCAAGUUCAUCUCGAAAGAGCGCCAGGAUGCGUUGGUCACGCUCGAGUCAAAAGUGAACGAUGCCAAGGCCAACACGUCGCACCAGAACCAGAACUCGCGCUUGCGGGAUGAGUUGCUCGAGCAAAUCCGCAUCACGAUGUUGGAUUCCACGCACGGUCGCCAGAAGAGCGACUACUACAAGUCCAUUUUACGGCAAUGCGAGACCAACCCGGCUCGCGACCCGAACAUCAUCGAGUCGUCGGAAAUGAACGUGCGCAAGAUGAAGCAAGACAUCACGGAUCUGCAGCAAAAGGCCCAAGUGAUUGGGUACGAGCGGCGCCUCGCGGCCAUCGAGAUUCCCAAACUCACGACCGCCAUCGAAGAAAAGCUCCAGAUCCAUCAAGUCGCGUUGAGCCGGCUGCGAUGGCGGCAGCUCCAACACCUGCGCCAGAUGGAAUGGGAGACAAAGUUUCGCAUACGAUCCAAAGAAAUGAAGAAGCAAGCGGAGGGCGACUUGAGCUCGGCGCAGGAGGAAGCCAUGGUCGUCCGCCUCAAGGAGAAGGUCGAGCACAAGCAAGAAGCGAAUAGCAUGCGCGUGAAGAAUCUCCAGGACCUCAAGGUGUACAAGGGCAGCCAGUUCAUGGACGACGGGCUCCUCGGCGUGCUGCGUCACGUUGGGAUUAACGAAGUCGAUCAAGUCCUGCUCCGCUGGCACGAUCAGUUUGAGCAUGCGGAUCAGCUCGACAUGGAACAAAAAGCAGGCGAAGAGCGCGUGGCCGCAUGCCGCCAGGAGCUCGAGGCACUACGACACGAGUUGCAGAACCUCAAACUCGGGCAAACCACGGUCAAGCCUGGGAAAGCACCACCACCAAGUACUGGGAACGGGAAGCCCUCGACGUCGGGAUCGGCCAGCGACACCACCGCGAUGAACGACGGUGGGUCGAAACACCACAACAUCAAGCAAGUCGAGCUGCAGCUGGCCGAUGCGACAGCGAUUUUGCACCAGAAAAAGCAGCGCGCCAUCCGACUCAAAGCUUUGUCCGAGAACCUCCACUUGGGUUUACUGCACUUGGCUGUGAUGCUUGGGGUGAAGGCGUCGCAGGGGAUGGACUCGAUCAUGCUGGCGGACGCUGCCGAGCACAGCGUGCGCAGCUUGAUCGGGGAAGAAGGGGGGUCGGGGACCUCGACGAACCUCGGAUCCCUGCGCAAGAAGAACAGCAUGCGAAAAGGUAUCACGCAGACGCAAGCGCCCGUACAGCGAAGCCAGGAGGAAAUUCAACGGUACAACCUUCGCGUGCGAACGGCUGUGAGUCCGACGAAGCGGUUUGCUGGGGUCGAAUGCACCGCCGCCGACGAUACGGACGCGUUCCCGGAAAGUGACGACAGCGAUGCCAGCGGAAACGACGAAGAAGCGGUGCGAGACCGCGCCGACAUCAAGGCGAGUUCUGUCUUGGAAGUGCAAAAUCAAACGGGCGGGAAGCGACCAGCGAGACGCCGUGGCAAGAAGAAGCCGACCGGGAGUCCAUCGGGACAGGCAUCGGCCGCCGGCGCGGUCGCUGCCACAGAGUGAACAACAGCACAAUCGACACAUGUCGUGAUCGUGAAUGCAGAUGGACAGCGCCUCGCACAUAUCAGCAAUUGUAUCACGUGGUGUCGACAGA